AUGGAUCUCUCUUCUCAUCUAUUAGCGAUAUCCCCAGUUUUAGCAUUAGUUCUGUGGUACACUUUACGCAGAGUUAGAGAGCAUAGGUACAAAACUGAAAAGGGUUUGUCGGCCCCUGAACCAUCUGGUGCAUUGCCACUUAUUGGCCAUCUCCAUCUACUAGGGGCGCAAAAGACGCUUGCUCGAACAUUAGGUGCCAUGGCAGAUAAAUAUGGUCCCAUCUUCAGAUUUCGGCUGGGAAAGCACCCUACGGUUGUGGUUUGCAAUGCUGAGGCAAUUAAGGAGUGCUUCACAGUAAAUGAUAGGAUUUUAUCGUCAAGGUCACGAGCAAGUCAAGUGGAGUACCUAGGCUACAAUUUUGCAUCAUUCGCUUUCGCGAAAGGUCCUUUGUGGCGUGAAAUGCGUAAGAUAGUUACAAUUCAACUCCUCUCCAGCCAUAGGCUCAAGUCACUGAGGCAAGUUCAGAUCUCAGAGGUGAAUACCUUUAUCAAGGACUUGUACUUGCUUGGUAACAACAAUAAGCAAGGCUCGACCAAGAUAGUCAUUAGUGAAUGUUUUGAGCGAAUGAUAUUAAAUAUAAUCACAAGAAUGAUUUCAGGGAAGAGAUAUUUCAGUAAUGCUACAGCUGAAAAUGAAGGGAAACGUAUUAGAAAACUCAUGAAGGAAUUUUCGUAUGUUGGAGGGGUCUUUGUCCAUUCCGAUUAUAUUCCAUUUCUAGGAUGGAUGAAAAAUUUUCUUGGAUCUGUAAAAGAUCUGAAGCGAGUUUCGAGGGAAAUGGAUUCCCUUAUGGAAAGUUGGAUUCAAGAACAUAAAUUGAAGAGGCUGGAGAGUACCGAGAACUCUAACAAAAUGGACUUCAUAGAUGUGCUGCUAUCCCUGCUUGAUGAUUCCUUGUUUGGCUAUUCUCGCGAAACAAUCAUCAAGGCAACAGUUACGAGUCUUAUCAUAGCAGGUUCCGAUACCACAUCUAUCACCUUGACAUGGAUCUUAUCCAAUUUGUUGAACAAUAGACGCUCAUUGCAGCUUGCCCAAGAAGAGCUAGACCUCAAAGUUGGCAAGGAAAGAUGGGCAGAGGACUCUGACAUUGGGAAAUUAGUGUACAUCCAGGCCAUUGUUAAGGAGACACUGCGCUUAUACCCUGCAGCUCCCAUUUCAGUUCCACAUGAGGCAACAGAAGAUUGUUACAUUGCGGGAUAUCACAUACCAAAGGGCACUCGUUUGUUUCCAAAUUUAUGGAAGCUGCAUCGGGACCCAAAUAUGUGGUCUAAUCCUGAUGAAUUCAUGCCAGAAAGAUUUCUCACAGAUAAAGCAAAUGUAGAUGUGUCAGGUCAACAUUUUGAGUUCAUUCCAUUCGGUUCAGGCAGACGGUCUUGUCCAGGCAUCACAUUUGCAUUGCAAAUGAUCCAUUUGACGGUUGCCAGGUUGCUUCAGGGUUUUGACAUGGAAACACCAACGGGUGGACCAGUGGACAUGACUGAAGCAGCAGGUUUUACCUUACCUAAGGAAACUCCUUUGGAAAUUCAGAUCAUCCCUCGCCUCUCUCCUGAACUCUAUGAGUGUUAA